CAUUUAGUUGCUGGCGGCCGCCAUUUUAUGUGGACGAGUUUCAGUAUCAGCGCAACUGUAAGGGACUGCUGGAAUUAAAAAAGUCAUCCUCUCUCUUUAUUUUUUUUUUAAUAAGACAAACUAAUUGUAUAUUCCUAUAAAUGGAGAAAUAUUUAUAUUGAACUGAAACAUUUUCCAAAAAACAAAAUUCUGAUUAACCAAGUAGCUCCAAUUCAGUGACGCAUAAACAGUAAAUAUUUUAUCGAAUUGUAAUUUUUUUUUGUUACUUAAAUGUUAAGAGGAAUAUGGCUCUGGAAAGCAUGAAUGUCCAUCAUCCCUCCCCACCAACCUCCAACCAUGAACACAUCAACAACCUCACAGACGAAAGCAGGGAGGAUGGCGAGUUAGAAGAAGGGGAACUUGAGGAUGAUGGAGGAGAAGUUGAGGCUCCCAAAACUCCUGAACCUCAAGAAAAAGUGAAACACAGCAGAGAAAAAGAGAGACAUGCUAGUGGUUCUGACGAUGAAAAAGUGCACCGUCGCAAAAGAAAGAAACGGAAGGAGAGGGAAAGAGAAAAGGAAAAAAGGAGGUCUAAGAAGAGGCGUAAAUCUAAACACAAACGUCAUGCUUCAUCCAGUGAUGACUACACUGAUUUCAGUGAUGAUUCUGACUACAGCCCUGGAGAAAAAAGCCACCGGAAGUAUCGGGAGUAUAGCCCACAGUACCCACCACCACCACAUCCAGGCUACCCCCCUCCUCCUCAUGGUGCUCCAAUGUCUAAAAAAGGGGGCUACAUGAAGAUGGAAAAGCAAAGCUAUGGCGGCUAUGACGAUUAUGAUGAUGACAACUAUGAGGGGGAAGAAGAUGAAGAAAUGGGGGAAGAAGAAUAUGAUGACUUUACCAAAGAACUGAACCAGUAUCGUAAGGCGAAGGAAGGUGGCAUCAACAAAAGUAGAGGUGCAAAAGGUCGAGGUGGAAAAAGCCAGCGAGGUCGUGGAAGAGGUGGUGGAAUGAGAGGACGAGCAGGUCGUGGAGGCAGAGGAAGAGGUCGGGACAAAAUGGGAGGAGACACUGAUGAUGGAGAUGGCAUGAUAUACAGUGAAGAUAUGGAGUAUGGUGAUGAGGAUUAUGACAACAUGGGUGAUGAUGAUUAUGAUGACUACUCCAAAGAACUGAACCAAUAUCGGAAGUGUAAAGAGGGUCCAAAUCGAGGGCGCGGGGGUGCCAAAGGAGGAGGGCGUGGACGUGUCCGGGGAAAGGGAGGGCGUGGUAUGAGUCGUGGCCGAGGUAGAAACAAUCGAGGUAGAGGCAGAGGUGACUGUGGAGGGAAUGAUGAAGAAAACAAUGGAGAUGUGGACAUGGGACAUGACGGAGGAGGUGGUCAGCGUAGGAAUGAUCAGGAUAAGUCUCACCAGCAACUGUCUGAUAAGAAGGGCAAAGUCAUUUGCAAGUACUACAUUGAAGGCCGAUGCACUUGGGGUGAACAUUGCAACUUCAGCCAUGAUAUUGAGCUACCGAAGAAGAAAGAAUUAUGCAAGUUUUAUAUUACUGGAUUCUGUGCCCGAGCAGAGAAUUGUCCUUACAUGCAUGGAGAUUUUCCCUGCAAGCUUUUCCAUACCACUGGAUCAUGUGUUAAUGGGGAUGACUGUAUGUUCUCCCAUGAGCCUUUGUCAGAAGACACCCAGGAUUUAUUGGACAAGAUGUUAGCGGAGGAUGCUGAGGCUGGUGCUGAAGAUGAGAAGGAAGUGGAAGAACUGAAAAAACAGGGGAUCAAUCCCCUUCCUAAGCCACCUCCAGGGGUUGGACUGCUCCCUACCCCUCCACGUCUACCUCCCACAGAUCCAACAUCUCCAGGAGCAGGACCCAUUCCACCAGUUACUGGGCCUGGUCCAGGUCCUGUACCGGGAGUGCCUGUGGGGCCUAAUGGACCCUGUCCAGGACAGCCACCACCUCCACCUGGUCCUAUGCACCCACCUAUGGUACCUCCACCCCCUUGCCCCAACAAUUCUCAAAAGAAGAUUCCCUCAUUAUUUGAGAUUGUGGUACAGCCCACAGGCCAGUUAGCUCAGAAGCUGGGAGUCAGACCUCCAGGUGCACCACCUGUUCCACCUGGUCCUCCAGGACCACCCGGGCCACCUGGGCCCCCUCCUGGUCCAAACGGUCCAUCACCUCGCUUUCCAGGUCCACAUGGUCCCCCUGGACAUAUGGGUCCUGGUCCACCCGGAAUGAGGCCUCCUGGACCUAUGCCUCAUGACAUGCCAAUGGGACCGCCUGGCCCACCACCACCUAUUGGACCUGGACCACCCAUGAUGGCAUUUGGACCAGGUGAGGGACCUCCACCUAGGAUGAUGCCACCUGGGCCUCCACCUGGCCCCAAUUAUUAUGAUAACUUCUACCAUCAGCAGUCUGAGAUUGAUGCAGAGGCUGAAGGAGAGGAAGGAGAAGAGUAUGAGGAAUAUGAAGGAAUGGAGGAAGGUGAAAGCACUGCGGGUUUUAUCGAACAAGGUGAAGUCACAUCUGAUAUUGGAAUGUCUGGUUCGGACAUCACUGCCUCAGACACUCAGAAGCAGCAGGCCAUUCCUGAUUUCUUGCCUGCCACCCAGAGGGCACUUUUUUUGAGAAUCCAGCAGAACCAGCUUGAUGAUGAAAGAGCUAAGCGGCAAAGCGAUGGCAAUGUGGAACGGGACCAGGAAGGUGAUUCUGCUAACUGGUAUUCAAGUGAGGAGGAGGAUGGUGGUGGUAGUGUGACUUCCAUACUGAAGACCCUGAGGCAGCAAACUCAGGGAACCAAAAUAACAAGUCAGCAGUCUGAGCUCAGUGGAGUCAGCAGUACAAGCAGUAGUGGCACACUGUGUGAUCCCCGUCUGCAGAAAUCACAGUCCCAGCCUUCUUCAGGCAGACCAGCAGACCCUAGACUCUCACGUGACCCCAGACUUGCCCGGACUGGAGAUGCAGGACAGAGUGUGGCUGUAUCCAGUGCUGCGGCUAGCUCUCUGGAAUCUCAAGGUCCAACUGAUCCACGAUUAGCUCGUCACACCACUCUGGCUGCAAAGCCAGAUUCCUCACAUACUCCCCAUUCUAGUGCCUCUCAUGGACACAAGCCUGUGUUAACUUCUUCUGUGGCUGCUGUUCCUGCUGAGGAUGAUGAUGGUGAGAGGGUAUUGCGGGACAAACCAGUAUCCAUUCCUUUGGAACCUUUAAUUGGACAUACUCUUAGAGACCCACGGUCCCAGCUACAGCAAUUUAGCCACAUUAGGAAAGACAUUGUCCUUCACAAACCCAACUUCUCUAAAACAGUCCUUUGGAAUCCAGAAGACUUAAUCCCCCUGCCUAUGCCGAAACAAGACCUCCUUCCACUACCCCCAGGCAUCCCAACAUUAACAGCAAUGGAUCCAAGACUGUGUCGUGCCCAACAGCAGCAACAUACAGCACCUUCUAAUACAACCCAUGGGACGACAGUACCUUCAACAGAGCCAUCUUCUGUGCUCUCAUCCAUCCCUGACUUUGAGUUGUUGUCCCGAAUACUAAAGACUGUAAAUGCUGCAUCUGGGACUUCAGCAUCUCCUCAGACUACAUCAUCAGCUAGUACUGGGACAGUAGUCGUAUCAGGCACAACAGCAGGAAGCUCUGAGAAACCAGUUGAUCCCCGCAUUGUGAGAAAAGCUCCCACAGAUCCCCGUUUACAGCCUCAAAAAUCUGCGCUCAAACAGUCUAGUGAUUUGCCCACAUCCACAGCAAACCAAACAUCUGGGACAGUCUCAUGUUCUGCACCUGCAACUGCUCCGUAUGACCCUAGGAUCUUGACAGCAGGGGGUACGAGCACAGGAAGGGUAGGGACAACUCAGAACAGUGUGCUCAGUGGAAUAAGCCUUUAUGAUCCUAGAACUCAGAAUGCGAGUGGUGUAACAAAACCAGAAAGCAGUAAUUCAAAUACCACUACAACUCCAACAACCACUGCAUCAGAUGUUGUUAAAACUAAGCCUAAGGAGCCUUUAUUUGUCCGCAAGUCUGCUCUUGACCAGCCUGAAGCUGAAAAGGCAGUAACAGACUCAACAACGGACCGAUACAACAGUUACAAUAGACCUCGGGUUAAGACCACUUCAGGACCUGCAACAGGGGCUAGUUCUAAUGUAAGUGGUCUGACUCCUUCCUCAACAUCUGUAAGCACUGCUUCCUCUACCAGCCCAGAAAGUGGACAGCAAGCUCAGCAGCCAGCAAUUCAUAACCUUCCUGUACCAUCACUGUUUGGGCUUGUCAAGCAGGCUACCAAGCCCAGUGGAUCUGGGAGUCCGUUUGGUGGAAACAGUCCAGCACAGCAGGAAAAUGCUGAUCAAGAUGCAGCUUCUUUGAAAGACGUUUUUAAGGGGUUUGACCCGACAGCUUCUCCAUUCUGUCAAUAGUUAUAUUAUUCAAUCAGUAUUUGCAAACAUUACUGGGGGGGGUGGGGUGGGGGGUGAGGUUGGUUAUUUCAUACAUCAUUGUAUUUGUUUUAUGAAAGAUUCUACACAUUAUAUAUUCACUCUAAAUAAAUUCAGCUUAUAACAUUAACCAAAAAAAUGAGAAAAAAAUAAUAGAAUCAUUCAGAUUACAUGAAAUAUGUAUAUAUAUCUAUGUCUCAGAUGUAUACUUUUGAAAACUUUCUGCCUGUAUUCUUUUUUUAUUAACAAAAUCAGAGUAAAUACAUAGCCAGUGUUUGUCCUUAUAUUUGUAUUCUGUCCACAUCAAAGAUUAUAUCUAGGGUUUUUCAUAAGUCUGUGAAUCUGUUGAAAGCAUGUUUUUAAUAUAUUGUCUUACACAAAGCAUGCACUGCCAGCAGUUAUUGGGGUGGGUCCAUUGAAAAAGAAUCUCAGAAUAAAAUAUUUAGUUUUUCUUUUUUUAAAAUGUAUUAUUUAUUUAUUAUUAUGUUUCAUGCUUUUUCCUUACUGUUUCAGCAGAUUAUGCUUUUUUACACACUUUACAUACAUAUACACGCAUGUACGAGUCCUUUAAGACUUGUUCUGUUUAGCACCUUGUGCUUCUGCUCUACAAAAUUUGAAUAUUGUUUUAACAAAUUGCAUCUUUUCAGUUUAUUAGGCCUAUAUGUGGAAACGUCUGUUUUUUUUUCAUGCAUCUUGUAUGUAUGUAUUUUUUUUACCAUUGCUUGAGGCAUGUGUUAAUAAGCAGGCACAGUCAAAAUGCAGUAAUAAAUUAAGCUUUUGUUUUAGUUUUUUAUGAGAGGGUCACUUUAAGCUGCCUUUCUAUGGUUUAAAAUAAUGACCCAAAACACCUUGCGUUUUUUUUUUUUGUUUUUUUUAAUAUAUAUAUAUAUGUGUUUGUGUUUAUUAGCAAACCACACAUUUAAUUUACACACAAAAAAACUUAAAUUCAUAAUGUUCACAUUUCUUAAUUUGUCCACUUUUAAAAGAGGGUGAUUUUGGAAUUAGAUAUGAACACAAAACAGUUAAAUGACAAAUGUGAUUAAAAUCAUGCUUAAAGCCUUUUCUACUUUUCUAUUUUUGUUAAAAGGUUAAAGCAGAGCAAUUUUGACACAUUUUGUUGUAAGAAGUUUUUGUAUUUUUUUGGCAGUACUGUUUGUCUAAAUACUAUAUGUUCUCCUAUUCCAACAUUUUUUUUUAAUUACUAAUAUAUUUUUAGAAAAAAAAUCAUGGACAUUAGGACUGGUUGCAGAUUAAACUAUGUAGGAAAUUUCUAACAUAGUUUGCAAAGCCAUACCAGUAAUUAAACAUCACCCCUUAAAAAUGCUUCAUGAUUAACAUCACCCCUUAAAAUACUUAAUGACUAAUUAAUCCUCAGUCAAUGUUUGUAAUCAGUUCUACAACAGUCUGAUUCAGUUUAAAAGUAAAAUAUUUCCUUUGCAAACAGUGUGAUUUCUGGCCAAUGACAAACAUUUACAUGUUCUUUUGGAAUUAUGCUCUUUAGAACAUUUUUGUAUAAGAGAGGGUGUUUGUAUCUUACACCCUUUAUUUGCACAUGUAUUUAUCUUACUUUAGCUUUGUCAUAAAGAUGCUGCUACUGCUCUCUGUUUCAAAUUAAUAAAUUUGGUUGUCUUUUUAAAACUACAUUUUGAAGUACAUCUGCCUUAUGAGUUAGCAAUGAAACAUUUAUUAUUGCAUCUUUUUAUUUCAGUUUUGGAGUUAGUCUGUAAUGAAAAGAAUGUUAAGGUUUUGUUGUUCAAUAACAGGCAGUUGUGUUUUUUAUAUAUAUUUUUUAUAUCAGUGUUACCAAAUUCAGAAUUAUUUGAGUAAUAAAACUUUCAGGAGAUUAAAGGUCCAGGUGGAUUAGACGUCUGCUUUAGCAUUGGUUUGAGAAACUCGCAAGUAAUUGGUGAAAUAAGGUUAGAGUAAUGUUGCAUGAUUUUAGGUAGCUGAUAUCUGCUAGUAUUUAAUUGUCAGAAGAUAAGUUCAUUCAAGUGGUCAAGACAGCUUUGGCUCAUGAUGUACUAUGGGCAUAAAUCUGAAUUCAUGGUGAACAAAUAAAAACUGAAAUCCUGUCAGUAGUCCAUUUAGUUCACAUAACUGUCCUGAAAUGUGUAAGACAAAAUUUUAAGACACUAAAUCAAGUUUUAAACUUUGCAGCAUUUGUUCAAAAAGUGAUAAUUUAGUCAGUAAAAUCCUACAGGCUCACUGUUACCAUUUGACUUAAUGGGACAACACAUUAAUUGAGACUUUAAAUCAGAAUUUGUUACAGGGUAUACAAGCACAGUAGCUGAUUAGAUGAAAAUUAUCAACAUUUUUUCAAAAAUAAUUUCUUUUUCCCAUUCGUUUGUGCUCAUGGUCAGCCUAAAAAACAUUUUGCUUUAUUAGUAAAAAACAGCACUUCACAUUUGAGCUUUAAUGAAAAAUGUUUGCUUGCAAUCCUUGACUGAUGGAUAAAUUAGCUCUGAUAACCAUCUUAAGAUGCAAUUUGUAGAUUAACAGUUUUAUGUGACACUAUUAUGACUGUUAUUUUAGUGUAGUAUGCAUAAACUUUUAUAUUAUUAAGUUUUUUUUUUUAAAUGAAACCCUAAGGAGCAUUUUCAUAGGGAAAAAGAUGACAAAAAAUAUUCACCAAUUUGCUACCUUAAUGCACCAGAAGGGGGCAACAGAAGCCUAAAAUUCGACUGGCAAUUCAAGCUUCUUAACAGAAUGAUUUCCAUAACACAACAUUGUAGACAUUCUCAGCAUUCUAAUCUUUAAUUGAAACCUGAAGGUAUGGAAAGAAAGGAUGCUGAGAAAGUUGAGAUGUUUAUGUUCCCUUUAAAUUGAUGCAGUCUGUUAAAUUAAAAGCAGACUUGUGUGGAGUCUGCUUACCCUAAUGUCCAUGUUUACGAAUAGUUGCUUCUGAUACUGUUGACAGAACAAAAUAAUGUGUAUUUGACAAAUCUUAAUUGAAAGACAUUGGUUAUGUAAUGUGUAUUGCUUUAAAUUGUCUCAUAUAAGAACUGUUUAUUUAAUGGAGCUGUACAUUUAUUUUUACCUGGAUGUUUAGUGGUCUGAAUGAUGAUAUAUGAUAAGCACUCACAUUGUUGCAAAUUUUGGGAAGUGUUGGUCAUACUUUUCAGUGAACCCUCCACCCCCAUGGAUUGUUUACAUAUGGGAAUAUCGGAACUUUUUAAAAUGCAUAACUUUACUACUUCCAAUAUCCUGCUAAAUUCUUCAGAAAAUGCCCUGAAAAUUCCAGUAAUAAUUGUCAAAAGUGAAAAAUUUUCUGAGAGAAUGAAAAUGGUAUUGGGCAUUAAAGCUGUUAAGCACAAAGACAGACUCCUGGCUAAUUGUCUGCAUCAAACUGGCCUUCAGUGACUUCAUUGAACUCUAAUUUUUGCUGGGGUCAAAAGGUAUCAAGAGCUGCCACAACUUCUAUGCCCAUCAAAAAUGAGCAAAAUUCAUUUGUAAUGAGAUGUUUCAUGAUAUCCACCCCUUGAGAAAAUUGUUUUCAUCCAAUGGUUGUUUGAAUGAGUAUCGCAUACAUGUUUUAAGAGUUUUCUUUUGUUAAAAAGUUUUAUAUAUUAAUAAAUAUUGUUUUGUCUA